AUGUCGCGCCGACCAGGACAGAUCGACCUUGGCGACUCCGAUAACAUCCCCCGGCUGUCCACUGCGAGGUACACCGGGGCGCCGGUCGAAUGCGAGUUAUGUUCAUGGCACGAGCGGUACCCUCUGAAGUCAUUCUGCCAUGUCCACAACGUCGAGUUCGGGGACUGCUUCACUUUCGGCCCGUCUACCGACCGACCAUGGCUCGCCUACUCGGAGGACAGCUCGAGGAUGGCCGCCAGGGCAACGCCCGACCAGCCCGACACGGUGCCGCUGGAUGUAAGACGGCGCCAGAACCAGCUCGCGAUCGCAGUCAUUGACACCAUCCGCCGUGCUCUGGGCGACUUUAAUGAGCGCCGUCCUCUCCAGCCUUCGCUUCCGGUGCUGGGUCAACGACCGCCCGCCCCAAGAGACCCUCCACAACUCUCACCUCGGUUGGACGGGGCGCCGAUAUGGACGGGCCGAUCCUGCAAUCACUGCAGCCUGAACAACGACUAUGGGUCCUACGUUCACAUCCACAUGCCGGAGCGUGGUCUGUGCUGGACGUUUGGGGAGCGCGGAGACAGGGCCGUCUCGAUCCCUGGGCCGCUGCACUUUCCGCUAGGAACGGAGGAGACGGAGGAGUGUAGGCUCAAACGGCGUACCUGGCUAGAGGGCCGGGUCAGGCACACAGUGAUGCUGUUCUACUGGGAGCAGAACCACCUCGCCCGGCACCGGCGGGACUGGCGCCGGAGACUGAAGCAGGAGAAACUCGAGGGCGUCGAGCCUAGUCCAGCACAUGGUGCACUUGUCGCUGGCGGGAUGGGUGCUACCAACACAUGUGCCAACGGUAGGGUGCGAGUGACUGACAUUGCCGUACCUGGCGGCUUAUCAAAGCAGUGCCGAUAUCUUCGUAAACGAGUGGCCCAACGAGAACCGAGUCUUGCAAUCGCCCCAGCCGGAUAG